GCCGCGCCGCUUUGGUGCUGCUGCGCGUGCGCGGGCGGAGGGCGCCGGAGUCGUCUGCUUUGCCGCCUCCGCGGCUGUCUGCCCUGGAUUUCAGUCUCGUGCUUCCUUCGUCCGCUCGCCGGCGGGUUCGCGCCCCUCUCGAGCCCCUGGUCAGCGAGGCAGGGGAAGGGGUUGGAGGGGGCUGUUGAUCACUGCGCUUAAGUUGUGCUCGGAGCGGCCAUGUCGGCCGGCGAGGUCGAGCGCCUAGUGUCGGAGCUGAGCGGCGGGACCGGAGGGGAUGAGGAGGAAGAGUGGCUCUAUGGCGGCCCAUGGGACGUGCAUGUGCACACUGAUUUGGCAAAGGACCUAGAUGAAAAUGAAGUUGAAAGGCCAGAAGAAGAAAACGCCAGUGCCAAUCCUCCAUCUGGAAUUGAAGACGAAACUCCUGAAAAUGGCGUACCUAAACCGAAAGUGACUGAGACUGAAGAUGAUAGUGAUAGCGACAGUGAUGAUGAUGAGGACGAUGUUCACGUCACUAUAGGAGACAUUAAAACGGGAGCACCACAGUAUGGGAGUUACGGUACAGCACCUGUAAAUCUUAACAUCAAGACAGGAGGAAGAGUUUAUGGAACUACCGUAGGAACGAAAGUGAAAGGAGUAGAUCUGGAUGCGCCUGGAAGCAUUAAUGGAGUUCCGCUCUUGGAGGUGGAUUUGGAUUCUUUUGAAGAUAAACCAUGGCGUAAACCUGGUGCUGAUCUUUCUGAUUAUUUUAAUUACGGGUUUAAUGAAGAUACCUGGAAGGCUUACUGUGAAAAACAGAAGAGGAUACGAAUGGGGCUUGAAGUUAUACCAGUUACCUCUACUACAAAUAAAAUUACGGCCGAAGACUGUACUAUGGAAGUUACACCAGGUGCAGAGAUCCAAGAUGGCAGAUUCAAUCUUUUUAAGGUACAGCAGGGAAGAACUGGAAACGCAGAAAAGGAGACAGCACUUCCAUCUACAAAAGCGGAGUUUACUUCUCCUCCUUCUUUGUUCAAGACUGGACUUCCACCAAGCAGGAGAUUACCUGGGGCAAUUGAUGUUAUUGGUCAGACUAUAACUAUCAGCCGAGUAGAAGGAAGGCGACGGGCAAAUGAAAACAGCAAUAUACAGGUCCUUUCUGAAAGAUCUGCCACUGAAGUAGACAACAAUUUUAGCAAACCACCUCCAUUUUUCCCUCCAGGAGCUCCUCCAACUCACCUUCCACCUCCUCCAUUUCUUCCGCCUCCUCCGACUGUCAGCACUGCUCCACCUCUGAUUCCACCACCAGGUAUUCCAAUAACUGUACCACCUCCAGGUUUUCCUCCUCCACCAGGUGCUCCACCUCCAUCCCUUAUACCAACAAUAGAAAGUGGACAUUCCUCUGGUUAUGAUAGUCGUUCUGCACGUGCUUUUCCAUAUGGCAAUGUUGCCUUUCCCCACCUUCCUGGUUCUACUCCUUCAUGGCCUAGUCUUGUGGACACCAGCAAGCAAUGGGACUAUUACUCAAGGAGAGAGAAAGACCGAGACAGAGAGAGAGACCGAGACCGAGAGCGAGACCGUGAUCGAGACAGAGAACGAGAACGCACCAGAGAGAGGGAGAGGGAGCGUGAUCACAGUCCCACGCCGAGUGUCUUCAACAGUGAUGAAGAACGAUACAGAUACAGGGAGUAUGCAGAAAGAGGCUAUGAGCGCCACAGAGCAAGUCGGGAGAAAGAAGAACGACACAGAGAAAGACGACACAGAGAGAAAGAGGAAACCAGACACAAGUCCUCUCGAAGCAAUAGUAGACGUCGCCAUGAAAGUGAAGAAGGAGACAGUCAUAGGAGACACAAGCACAAAAAAUCUAAAAGAAGCAAAGAAGGAAAAGAAGCUGGCAGUGAGCCUGCCCCUGAACAGGAGAGCACUGAAGCUACACCUGCAGAAUAGGCGUGGUCAUGGCCUUCUGUGUAUAGUAGUGCCAGAAGUAGAUACUGUAAAUCUUGUUAUUUUUCUGGAUAAUGUUUAAGAAACUUGCCUUUCAUCUUGUUCUGUUAGUAUGAAAAGUUAAUUUUCUCUUCCAAAAUAAAAGAGUGAGUUUUUCAUGUUAAGUUAAAAUUUUUGUCUUGUAAUAUUUAAAAAAUAAAAAGGCAGUAAUGACUUUGUAUGGAAGAAAGUAAUGUGAAUGAGUUACUCAGCAGAGAAUUUAAAGAGCUCUGUUUAGCUGUGUACAUACACAAUCUCUGAUAAAAGUCAAGGUUCCCUCUUGGCCGGUUUUCUUUCUUUCUUUCUCUUUUUUACAGCUCAAGCAGGCAAGAUUUAUCGAGCAAGCAGUACACUUUCGGGGCAAGAGAGUGGGCCAGCCCCCGCAGAAGAG